UUGCAGAUACUGGGAGGAAAAUGGCAGUGAUAAAGAUUUUUUUGAGAUCCAUCAUCCCGAGCUGUUCAAAGGGUGUUGUGAAACCAGAAGGCAAGCCAAAGAAGGAAGAUUCAAAGCAAAGUUCAAUGACAAGGUUUGCCAUGUUAGACUUAAGUUAUCCAAGCUCCAUGUUUUCGGAAGAUUUGUCGACGUCGCUCGUCGGUUCCAAUCUUCAUGUGUUUACGCUUGGGGAGCUAAAAGUAAUAACACAGACCUUUUCAUCGGCUAAUUUUCUGGGUGAAGGUGGGUUUGGAAAGGUUCAUAAAGGGUUCAUUGAUGACAAGCUUAGGCCUGGGUUGAAAGCUCAUCCUGUGGCUGUUAAAAACCUGGAUCUAGAAGGCCUGCAAGGACACAGAGAGUGGCUGACUGAAGUGAUCUUUCUUGCACAAUUGAGUCAUCCGCAUCUGGUGAAGCUGAUAGGAUAUUGUUGCGAAGAAGACAAUAGACUACUGGUGUAUGAAUAUAUGCCUAGAGGCAGCUUGGAGAAUCAGCUAUUCAGAAGGUAUUCGGUUUCUCUUCCAUGGGCGACCAGGAUGAAAAUUGUUCUCGGAGCUGCCAAGGGUCUUGCUUAUCUCCAUGAAGCAGAAAAACCAGUCAUUUACCGAGAUUUCAAAGCAUCAAAUAUCUUGUUAGAUUCUGAUUACAAUGCCAAGCUUUCGGAUUUCGGUCUCGCCAAAGAUGGUCCUGAAGGGGAUGACACGCAUGUUUCCACCAGGGUUAUGGGUACACAAGGUUACGCUGCCCCUGAAUACGUCAUGACAGGUCAUUUAACGGCAAUGAGCGACGUGUAUAGCUUCGGAGUGGUACUGUUGGAGCUUUUAACUGGGAGGAGAUCUUUAGACAAGAACCGUAGCCCAAGAGAGCAGAACUUGGUAGAAUGGGCAAGGCCGAUGUUGAAUGAUCAUAGGAAACUUGGCCGGAUAAUGGAUCCGAGACUCGAAGGAUCAUACUCGGAAACAGGGGCACGAAAGGCGGCUGCAUUGGCCUAUCAAUGCCUUAGCCAACGCCCAAAGCAAAGACCAAAAAUGUGUGAUGUGGUCCAGACAUUGGAGCCACUUCAGGACUAUGAAGAUAUCCCAAUUGGUCCCUUUGUUUAUACUGUUCUAUCCGAAAGUGGAUCACAAAAGGAGGACAACGACAUUAAGGAAAGUGAACCAAAAAAGGAGUUAAAGAAAGAUCAUCAAAGACACCACAAACUCCAUCAUGGACAUCGGCAUCAAAACAGGUCGCCGAGGAUGUCUCCGAUCCACUUGAAAAGCAAGGGGGCAUAAGAGUAUAGAUUAGUA